GCCUUUCCCCUUAGGGAGCGGACAUCAAUGCAAGCCUGAAGAAAAUAGUUUUUUCCUCCUAAGCCAUGGCAUAUCAGUUAUACAGAAAUACCAUGCUGGGAAACAGUCUUCAAGAGAGCCUAGGUGAGUUCAUACAAUCUCAACAGAUCACCCCCCAACUUGCCCUUCAAGUUCUACUUCAGUUUGAUAAAGCUAUAAAUUCAGCAUUGGCUCAGAGGGUCAGGAACAGAGUCCAUUUCAAGGGUUCUCUAAAUACAUACAGAUUCUGCAAUAAUGUGUGGACUUUUGUAUUGAAUGAUGUUGAAUUCAGAGAGGUGACAGAGCUUAUUAAAGUGGAUAAAGUGAAAAUUGUAGCCUGUGAUGGUAAAAAUACUGGUUCUAAUACUACAGAAUAGGAAGAAAAAGGCUUUUUUAUGCCAUCUCCGGUUGUUACCGCUUUUUGAAGAGAAGCAUAGAAGAGACUUUUGUAAUUUAUUCUAGCAUUGCAAAAAUGACUGCACUGUGCUAUACUAUUGGAGAAUACCAGCAGAAAGAAGCUUACAGCUCUGUAUUCUCGUACAUUACCUUUAUUAUACAGCAUAAAG